UGGAAGGUAAGGUAAGGUAAUACCUUUAAUACCUCAUGCAUUGUGUUUGUUUCAGUGAACGUUCCAGAAUAACAUAAGCAUACUUUUCAAAUAACACGUUUUUUUUCCCACACAGCGUCAUUCUACACAACCAAGCAUGUCUGAGCCGGCAGAGCUACUGCUGAUCAAGGACCAGUACGAGCUGGCUUACAGCUGUCUGAGCCGUGGCCUUUCGCUGGAGGAGAGCGGCGGCAGUCCCUCCGAGGCUGGCGAGUACUACAGGAAGGGCCGCCAGCACCUUGUGCAGGGCAUUGCUGUGCCUACCGAGGGGCCGCGUCACCAGGGGGCGGUGUGGGAGCAAGCCCGAGAGCUGCAGCGGAGAAUGCAGGGCGCCCUAGUUAACGUCAGCACCCACCUCUCUGCUCUGGAUGCCUCGCAAGCGCCCCCUCCCGCUCAGAGGAGGAGGCUGCUCAUGGAUCUGACCCCCAGCCUUGACCCCGUGCAACACCUGUACCCUUCCCUAAUUCCCGACCGGCAACUGCCUCCGCUCCCGGCGAGGAGAACGCCACCCGCCAUGUCAGAGGCCCCGGCCCAGCCCCCCGUUUAUUCGCCCCAGCCAGCCGACGGCCACCGCAGCCUGGCCGGUGGACCCGGGCUGGACGAGUGGAGCGUGGCCACGGCGGAACGAGGGAGUGAGCUGCUCUUGAUCCCGUCGGGCGUGCAGAUGUUCUUCGUGGCCCCCAGCGGGCAGGUGAGCGCCCUGUCACAGCCCGGGUACCUACGCAUUGUCAACUUCAAUAGCCAGACGCCUGAUGGAAAAGGGCCCGUUUUCUUGGAUGUGUGCGGCUGGCUCCACCCACUCACUGAGAACACACCGGUGCUGCUUGCCAACUCCGGUAUUUACAUGCUGCCAGAUACACUUGCACCAAUGCCGAACGCUUUUAUCGGCGUGGUGCUGUCAUCACAGUUGCCCGUCGCUAACCGUGAGAUGUUCCAGGACCUCAUGAGGCAACUGGCUGACUUCAGAGUGCAGAGUCCAGACAGCACAGGUUCUGAAGUCAUCAGCCUGAGUGAGACGGUCCACCUUGGUCCUCAAGUGGAGUUACCUGUGAAUGGAGAUAAAGUGGUUCUUCCGACUUGGAGUGAAAAGAUGGGUCAGGGAAUCAUGACAGGGGCAACACGGUUGGGUCAUGAAGUGGCCAGAGGGGCGGAGGCCACCACUAGAGCCAUUCAGAAGGGGGCGAUGAAGAUCCGGGACCGCCUGACGCCCGAGGACACGCCCUCUGAGGUUAGCCCGCAGGUCACCAAGGGCCUGCAGGUGGCCAAGGAUGCCACAGGGAGCGCCUUGCGUGUCAGCCAGUAUUUGGUGGAAGCCGUUAGCACAAUGGCGGAGCAUCUAGCGGAGAAGGUGGUCCCUCAUGUGAAAAAACACGGCGCCAAGUUGAUCCCAGAGUCUAUGAAGAGCAAAGAAGGGGAACCUUCCAAUCUGCAAGGAGCCAAAUUUGUGGCCGCCAAAAGCCUGCUGGGUUUCACCACUGUGUGGGCAAGCCUGGAAACGGGAGCCAAACUUGUCGGCAAGAGCGUGACGUCUGAAACGGUCAACACGGUGACCUAUAAGUAUGGUAAUGAUGCAGGCCAGGCCACCGACACUGCGCUCACCUCCGUGACCAACGUAGGUGAGACGGCGUAUAAUGUGGACAAUCUGGGCCUGAAGGCCAUCCUCAAGACCACUGGCAAGGAGAUGGCCAAAGGCAUUGUGAAGAGCUCUAAGAGUGCAGGGGCGGCGGCGGAUGAAGGCAAAGAAGGGACUCCGCAGGGAGAGCAGGCAGCCACCAAUGACAUUCAGAAUACAGAAGUGCAGAGAGACAAGGUGGACAAGGGAAAAAAGGAGACAUGAUAGAUUAGAUUAGAAGAAGAUUAGGGAAUAAAGAUACAUUGCUUGGGUGUAAAAGCAGACUUUUUGUGUUGGAUAUUAUAUUGUGUGCCUAAUCCAGUCUUCUCUGUAUAAACUAUUCUUUAAAUUUCUCUGUGAAUUUGAAAAUACAUAUGGCAGAAAACACUCAGGUGACUUGAAGUUCCGCUCUGAGACCCCCAAUUUGGGCAAAUUUGAAAAUUGUUCGAUAUGCUAUGCAUGUAUGAUACAUUAUUGGAAAGGUUAAAAUCUAAAUUUCUGGGGUAAGAAAAAUUUUGGACGGGAGGGCCUUUUAAAAAAAAAAAGUUUUUUAAACAGCAAUACCCUAUAGGUGAGAGCACGCGAGAGCAGAAUUACAGACGCCAUGACUGUAACGAGAUAUUAUCGCGUACUUACCUUGUUUCGAUCCAAAAUCUCCAUGUUGCGUGUAUCACUGAGUGUCAAGACACAACUGUGAAUGGCCACAGCUGGAUUUUUGGGGGAUUUUAUGGGUGAAACACGGUAACAUAACAAGGGUCGCGCUGCAGAAAUCGUAGACAUCAAGGAGUGGCCGAGAUUUUCAUUUCCAUAUAUUUACACUUUUACACGUUUUAAAAUUUAUUAUUUUUUUAAAUUUUUCUUUGUUUGGAUCGAUUAUUUAUCAUCUAACAUAUCGGGGAAAAUGCGACACCAACAAAAAAAAAAAAACAAAACAAAAAAAAAAAAAUUACCGAAAGAUAUGAGGUAGAU